AUGUCCCUCCGGCCACUCACCCUCACCCUCGUCAGGCACGGCGAAUCCACCGACAACAUCAUCAACAUCUGGGCCGGCCAUCGCGAUGCCACACUCACCAACUUCGGACACGCUCAGGCCCAGAGACUAGGCGCAUCAUUCAAGGACCAAGACUUCCACCGCAUAUUUUGUUCGGACCUCAAACGCGCUCACUUGACCGCCAACCAGAUCCGGCUACAAAACCGGAAGAAUCCAGUCCAGACCAACGGCCAGGAUGCUGAUCAGGUCCGGUUAAAGAGGAGCGAGCUGGUGGUCCUGCCACUGCUACGAGAGCAAAACUUCGGAGAGGCCGAAGGCGAGAGAUGGGAUAGUGGAAGAUGCACCUACGAAGGAUUCUAUUCAGACAAAUCACUCAAGUUCAAGGAUGGCGAGAGCAGGGAUGACGUCUAUCGAAGGGCGGCUCAGUUCCACAAGGAAGUCAUCAUCCCCGAAUGGCUCUCGAUCCUCAAAGACCAAGGAACCACCUCAGAUGAUGACCAGGAGGUCCACUUCUGCAUCGUCUCUCACGGCAUCUUCCUCACCGAGCUCAUCACCUACCUCAAGACUCUCGCCAGUCCCGACCAGGAACCUACAAAUCCAGAGCAUUUCUCAAACACCGGUUGGGAACGAAUCAAGCUCACCUGGGAUUUCAUAGAGCAGCAACCGGUGGAACUCGUCCGCUUACAGAAAAUCGCCUCAAACGUCACCGCCCAUCUCGCCGGUCUCAAACGCCAACCCGGUGGGAUCGGAAGCGCGCCUUGGGACCCCAGCCAAUCUAAACUUGAUUCAUUUUUCUCCAAAGACUCGUAA